UAUGUUGAUUUUGUAUCAAAAGAGCAGAAUAUUUUAUAUUUUUGAUGUAUCUGUAAAUUGAUGGAGAGCAAUCCUAGUAGUUCUUCAAGAACUGACAGAAAAACUAUAGAGAGAAACAGGAGAAAUCAAAUGAAAGUCCUUUACUCCAAACUCAACUCUUUACUUCCUCAAGAAACCUCUAGGGACCGAACUUCGCUGCCAGAUCAACUCCAAGAGGCGACAAGCUACAUAAAGAAGUUGCAGGUAAAUGUGGAGAGAAUGAAGGAGAAGAAAGAUAGAUUAAUGGUGGGAAUGGAGAGAUUGGGAUCCGCUGGGAGUAGCAGUGGUAACGGAAGUAAUAGAAUUGAUGUUCAUGUGACUGGUUCGAUCUUGCAAGUGGUUCUGGUAACAGGAUUGGAUUCUCAAUCCAUGUUUAAUGAAAUCCUUAGAUUGAUUCAUGAAGAGGGUGCUGAGAUCGUCAAUGCCAGUUUCUCUGUUGUUGAUGAUAACACUGUCCUCCACACGAUUCAUGCCCAGGUUGAUCAGUCGGAACUGGGUCAUGGUCAUCAUAAAGCUGCUAGGAUUUCUGAGAGACUAAAGAAGUUUGUUCAUGAUGCUGACCAUGGUGCAUUUUGAUCAUGAAGAACAGCUAGUGUGUGUGUGUGUGUAUGUUUAAGAACAUGAGUGCUUCUUGGUUUGG